ACUUCACCAAAUACGAAGUGUCUUGCGUCACCAACGGCAAAUUUCUACUUCGAGGUGCAUCGUUUCAUCACAUUUAUUCUUACCAUUUAUAUCAAAGGCUUAUUCUGCUAAACUUUUUUGCUUUCCUUGUUGUAAACAUGAAUUCUCGAUGGGCGCAUUCCGACAAUAAUGCGUUUCAAUCAAACGAGAAAUCGCAAGAGCAAGAUCUUGUUUCACUCUUUGAUCCAGAGGCUCUUGCGAACCAUAUCAAGUACCUUCAGAAUUUGCAAAUGCAAAUGUCACUUGCUCAAUCUCAAGAAUACUCGUUUGCUCCCAAACAGACAUCUUUAAAUACGUAUCCAUCACUUUCUAGAGUAUCGGAAGACCAGAGAUCAGAGCGGUUGCAGUCUUCACUUCAUCCAUUUCCUGCAUCCGGUCCUAGUUCUCUCCCUACGCAUCAUCAUGCAGCAACCUCAGCAUCCAAUGCUCCGCCUUCGCUGACGAACUACCAAAUUCCUGCCCGGCGCUACUCGCUUCAUCGGCCUAGAGGAAGUGUCAGUUCAGAUAUCGAAGUACCUGCUUCUUCUUCGUCUGCAUCGCAUUACCGACACAAUCGACACAGCUCAGUAUCGUCUCGGGCCUCCGUAGACACGCAGGAAUCUCCGACAUACAAGCAUGCCGGAAUGGGGUUUGAAGACCGUAGAAAAUCAUCGGCCGCUUCUGCACUUCUAAGUUCUACUUCAUAUGCUACCACCCGCACUGCAAAUGAGGACGCUUGGAUUCGUGGUGAUCAUGUUGACCCACUCACAAUUCUUGCGAAUGAACCCCCAGAGGAGGAGGAAUUACCUUCUCAACAUAAUGCAGUUGCGACUUCAUCGCAACACAGUUACUGGAAUCAUUCCAGUGAUGGCGCAUCCUUGCCUCAAUCCUCGUUUCUCAAUACGAGUAACACGGGACGCCGGGUAUCAGUUUCUGCUGCAGCGCAGCAGCACAAGAACUUAUUCUUACCCUACCUUCCGCAAGCCUCCAUUCCUGCAUUCUUGAGCAAUGGACAAUUGCUCAUUGGUGUGCAACACAUCAACAGAAAAAAUCGAUCGGAUGCUUUUGUUCAUACCAAUAGCUUAGAUGAAGAAAUCUUCAUCUGCGGUUCUAAAGACAGGAACCGUGCGUUGGAGGGUGAUUUAGUAGCUGUGGAAUUGUUGAAUGUCGACGAAAUUCUGCGUGCUAAGCGCGAGAAGGAAGAGAAAAAGAUUCGACGAAACUUGAGUCUUUCGGGAGCUUCGAAAUCCGCAGCUAUGGAUAAAGCAAAGUCUUACACAAUUGGAAUGUCAGUUGCUCUUGGUAUGAACCAAGACGAGGUAUUGGAAACUCGACCUAUUGAAAAACGAAAGAACGAUUAUGAAGUUACAGGACAAUGUAUGUUUUUUGUCGACGACGACUUGAGUCUGGAUGAAAACUUUAAACCUAAGUAUGCGGGUCAUGUCGUCGCUGUACUUGAUCGACCAAGUGGACAAUCGUACUCUGGUACCCUUUCGAUGUAUCGUCCUAACAGUCUGGCCUCAAAAAAUCAAGGUCAUCGACGCAGUGUAUCGAUGAGUGAUGAAGCUACAAAGUAUCCUAGAAUUGUAUGGUUUAAGCCAUCCGAUAAGCGUGUUCCACUCAUUGCAAUUUCUUCGGACCAAGUCCCUGCAGACUUUUUGGCGGAUCCAGCAGCUUUUAGUGAUCAAGUUUAUGUUGCUAGCAUUAAAAGAUGGCCCACAACAUCUUUACACCCUUUUGGAACACUGCAUGAGAAACUUGGAAAAAUGGGGAAUGCUCACGUUGAGUAUCAAGCACUGCUACGCGACUUUAAUUGUCGAAUUUACACACCAGCGGAAUCAUUAUCUUCUGGUCUGACUAAACGCAUCACGAGUUUUGAUGCUCCUACAUUAACAGGCCGUAAAGACUUGCGCGAUAAAGACGCUUUUACUUUGGCAAAUGACGAUAUGGCAAUUACAAUUGAGCGAAACUUGGAAACAGGGCUUCUAACUCUAGGUGUGCAUGUCACCGAUGUCGCCCAUUACGUAAAAUCAGAUACGCCAUUGGACGAUGAACUGUUCAAUCGCGUAGGCGUCGUUCACUUGUUGCAAGGGUCUGUCCCCUUGUUUCCUAAAAAGGUUUAUGAAACGUUGCGCUUUCAGGAAAACAGUGAUUCAUUAGCUGUUAGCGUUAUGAUUGAAAUUGAUCCGAGUGGCCGAGUAAUUAAGAAUACUUGGAUUGGAAAGUCAAUUAUUCGUCCACGCGUGGCUUUCUCUCUUUUCAAUGCUCAGAAAAAAUUAAAGGAAGACCCACGUUUGUUGUUGCUUGAAGAAAUUGCUAUCCUAAUCUCGAUGAUUCGUUUGGACACGGAUCAAUAUGUGCCUUUCGAAGUUCUUUAUUGCCUUAACCGUUGUGACGGUCAAGACAAAUAUGUAGGCGAGUCAAAUCAGCUUGGUUUUGAAGCCCCACGAGUUUUAUGUUGCCUUCAGCAAGUUGAGCAUAUUGCUAAUGAAACGGUGGCUUCUUUCCUAAUUCACACUUACCCCAAUGCCGCUCUUCUUCGCUCAAACGCACGACCAAAACAUCUAGAAGAUAUUGUCAAACUUGGAAAGUCUUACGGGUUAAACUUCGAUGUAUCAUCUAACGCUACAUUUAUGACAUCCAUCGCAAAUAUCAGCGACCGAAAUUUGCAGCGCCUUAUGGUAUUGAAACUGCAUCGUAUGUUAUCCACUGCCGAAUAUACUGUUGGUGUUUCCAAUAAUAAGGAUAUUUCUCACUUUGCUUACUAUGCGCCUUACUAUACGCACUUUUGCCAUCCUUUAAGGCAUUACAUCGAUGUAAGUGUACAACGCCAAUUGUACAGUUCUUUCAACAAGAAACCUGAAUCCCAGAAAGACUUCAAGAGUCUGCUUGUUCUUACCCAAUCUUGCAAUACUCUUGACUAUUUUUACCAGAAUGCUCAGGAGAGGAGCAUGCAUGCGCAUCUUUGCCGAAUCAUUCAUUCAAUUAAUGUUGAUUCAGGAUUGAUGCAACAUUCUGGUUUUGUUACUGGUGUUAGUUCGUCUUACAUUGAUGUUGUCGUGUAUGAUCUUUGUAUCGAAAAACGUAUUUACUUGGAUCUUCUUCCUCUACAAGAGUUUGAAUACCUUCCCAGGGAAAACGCUAUCUGUUUAUGCUGGCGCUCUAAAACGCCCUCUUUCCCCUAUGUUGUCAAAAUGCUUGAAAUCAACACACCCGAAUACAAAAAGUUUAAGGAUUCGCAUUUCGACAAGGCCAAGAAUGAUUUCGCCAAGAAGGAUUACUCCGGUUGCAAUAUCCAAACUCUGGCGCGCUCCUCUCUUACAAACGGACAUGUGAAUGUUGAAAAAGAUGCCAAAAAGGAACCUGUCUCUUCCGCGGAAGCUUCCAUGGUGCAUUUAUUGAAGAGCCUUCAUUUAACUGAAAAGAAAAACUUACAAGUAGUCCGACUUGGAUCAAUCCUUCCCGUUCUCGUAUUCGCCGACACAUCUUACACUUACUCACUUUCACUUAUGACUAUCAUGAAUCCCUUUGCUUAAAUGUUACUUGAACUGUAUUAUGGAAUAAGCAGUCAUUAGGCAUUUAUGCUCAAUGCUGUUGCUUCUUAUAAACUUUAAGGUGACAAAUCUAUCACUUUCUUGUGAAAAGUUUUAAUGAAAAACGGUAAUAUGGAUUUGUUAACGAAUAAACCUUAAAUCUUUAUGAUUACCGUUCUGAUGCUUCUCUUUGUUGUUUUUUCUUGCCUUAAAAUGUUAAGUUUUUCCGUAAAUGAAGUGAUUUGUUCGUUACGAUCACUUCUCUAUUUUUUUUGGAUACGCACGUUUAUGCACGUUUGUACAUAUAUAUAUAAAUUAUAAUUUUUUUAGGGCGUCUUCUUAAAUUAUUUUCUGC